AUGAAGACUGGUAACAUAAAAACGGAAGCUUAAUAUGCUAAGGCCAAUUUUUAUUAUUCUGAUGGAACAGGACGUGAUACAUAUGUCUAAUUUGAUAACGGUGGAUUGACAUUACAUGCUUAGAGAUGUCAUCAACCUCCAGUUGGAAGUUUUCAACCCAAAAAAUCAACGAAAAUUUAUAGACCUCAAUCAAGCAAUAAGACUCUGCAUUAUAUUAGCAAUGGAAGUGGAAGAGAUAAUUAUAUUUUGUAAAUAGUAUUAAUUCUAAAUAUGAAUAGAGAUAGUCAUGGUGGAUUGAUGAAUACAUGUGCCGAUAGACAUUGGUUAGUCUCAUUUAAAUAAGGGUUAAGAACUCCUGAGAGGGAAAGGCCUCGUUCUGGUGCCAAAACACCUUAAUAUUCUUAUCAGCAGAGAAUUUGUAGACGUCUUUCUGUUCCUAAAUAUACAAAGAUUCCAUUUGAAAAACAAUUAUAAAGUGAAGAUAUUAUAUGA